GGAGGAGACCAGGGCCAGGACCUCCGCCCCGGCUCCACUUCGUUGCUGCUGGAUCAGACCCAGUCAGACAGAGGAGCCAACCUCAGCCCAGCGCCUGUAACAGCAUCUCUAGCCUGAGUGUUGCUGAGAGACAAUGGGGUCAGCAACUGGGGCUGCUGAGAGCGAAGUGCCGCUGCAGGAGUUGCAUGUUGAUGGCAGUGGAAACCUGGAGGCUGGCGUGGAGCCAGAAUCUUGUCAUAACUGCAAGAAAAGUCAGACUGGACCAGUUGUGGUUGCACUGAUAGUUGUAUCAUCUGCUUUGAUCGCCGUCAUCAUUGCUCUGGCAGUGCUGGCAUCUAAGCUUUCAUCAGCUGAUCUGUGCCCCCCUGCAUGCACAGACGGCUGGAUCGGGUACCGAGGGAAAUGCUACUAUUUCUCCGAGACUGAAGGGAGCUGGACCUACGUUCAGAGACUCUGCUCCUCCUUUGGUGCCUCCUUGGCUGGGAUUGACAGUGAGCAGGAAUUGAUGUUCCUGCUGCGCCAUAAGGAUAUCCAUGAACACUGGAUCGGCCUCUGGAGGGAGCAGGGGCAGCCCUGGAAAUGGACCAACAGCACUGAAUUCAACAACCUGUUUCAGAUAAGAGGAGGUGGUGACUGCGCGUAUCUGAAUGACGAGAAAGGGGUCAGCAGCUCACGGUGCUACAUGGAAAGACGGUGGAUCUGUAGGCAAACCUGAGGUGUAUGUGAUGGGAAAAGGGACUGCACUGGAAGG